CUCGCCCGCCAACGCCUCAAUCGGCCUAUCGCACCACACCUCACAACCUACCGCUGGCGUAUAAACAUGGUCCUCUCCAGCCUCAAUCGUAUCACGGGUGUCGCUCUCAGCGGAGCCUUCUACGCCUUCGGAGCCAUUUAUAUGAUCUGGCAUCCAUCCAUUGAAACGAUCGCAGCGGGCUUCGCUGCGUGGCCAGUGGUGCUGCAAGUUGCAGCGAAGUUCGGAGUCGCACUGCCUUUCACGUUCCAUUGCUUCAAUGGUGCGAGUCAUUUGGUUUGGGAUGCGGCGAAAAUGAUCACGAAUCGACAGGUCACUCGGAUGGCGUGGGGUGUUGUGGGGUUGGGCGUGGGUUCGGCGAUGGGGUUGGCUGUUUUGUUGUGA